AUGAAGACUGUGACGGAAGGGAAAGAAGAAGGUCCCCUGUGUCAUUACACGGUGACCAGCCUGGCAAGAAACAACUUCAGGGUGGUCACCGUAACCAUGUACAAUCCGCACGUGAAGGACGAAGAAGUGAGGGCCUUUCUGGGGAGGUACAUGGACAAUGUCUCCUCAGCGAGGGGAACCCUAUACUAUGCACGUCAGCCCCCGUUCUGCAGGCGUUGUAUGGCCUACGGCCAUAUCCUGGCCUCGUGCAGCGCCAAGAGGUGUCGAUUUUGUGGGUCGGAAGAGCACGAGGCCAAGGAAUGUGACGAGCCCAAGGCUUGCCACGGGUGUGGCUCAAGAGCACACCUGUGGCGUGAUUGCCCGGCUCGUCACAGGUCAUACGCGUCUGCAGCUGGGGGAGCGGGGGAUGGGGGGAGGAAAGAGAGGACGCAUGCGGAUUGUACGGAUGGCACAGGGGAAAGGACGGAGAAGGACGAAGAAGGGAAGAAUGAAGAGGCGAAAAGAAAGAGGAGAGAAGAUGGACCGAAGGAAAAAGAAGGAGAGAAGAAAAAGAAGGCGGAAGAACGGGAAGGAGCAGAGAAGAGGGAGAAGGGGAGAAGAGAAGGAGUGGAAGGGGACAGUGACAGUGACGGGGACGGAGGGAGAAGACCUUUUUGGAAUGAAGAGGGGGAGAUUACUGUCACAUUAGAGGAGGACGAAGAAGAGAAGACUGGAGAUCUGAUUACCACCAGUAAAUACAGAGAACAACAUCAUGAUGCUGACAAGGCAGAGAAGAGACUCUCCAGAUCAGAACACCUCAAUAAACACCAGCAGAGACCCACAGGGAAGAAAUCUCACCACUGCUCUGAAUGUGGGAAGAGUUACUCAAGAUCAGAUUCACUUAAACUACAUAAGAGAAUACACCAGCGAGUACACACAGGAGAGAAACCUCACCACCGCUCUGAAUGUGGGAAGAGUUACUUAAAAUCAGAUUCACUUAAACUACACCUGAGAAUACACACUGGAGAGAAUCUUCACUUCUGCUCUGACUGUAGGAAGAGAUUCACCUCUUCAGUAGACCUUAAAAUACAUCAGAGAAUUCACACUGGAGAGAAACCUUUUGGCUGUGAUCAAUGUGGGAAGAGUUUUACUAAGCCAAUCAACUUGAAAUCACACCAGGGAAUACACACUGGAGAGAAACCUUAUGGCUGUGAUCAAUGUGGGAAGAGUUUUACUCAGUCAAGCGGCCUGAUAUCACACCAGAUAACACACGCAGGAGAGAAACCAUAUAGCUGUACUCAAUGUGUGAAGAGUUUUGCUACAUCUGUCUAUCUGAAGAUACACCAGAGAACACACACAGGAGAGAAACCAUAUAGCUGUACUCAAUGUGGGAAGAGUUUUGCUACAUCUGUCUAUCUGAAGAUACACCAGAGAAUACACGCAGGAGAGAAACCAUAUAGCUGUACUCAAUGUGGGAAGAGUUUUGCUUCAUCUGGCUAUCUGAAGAUACACCAGAUAACACACGCAGGAGAGAAACCAUAUAGCUGUACUCAAUGUGGGAAGAGUUUUGCUAAGCCAAUCAACUUGAAAUCACACCAGCGAAUACACACUGGAAAGAAACCUUAUGGCUAUGAUCAAUGUGACAAGAGAUACUCUGAUAAAAUAUAUCUAGUCAAACAUACAUGGAGUUGUUUCAUGAUAUCAAUGAAAUAUUUUCACAAUGUAGAAUGUUGUAACAUUGUAGUAGGAGUAUUCUAAUGAUGUCACAAUGUAGAAUGUUGUAUCAUUGAAGUAGGAGUAUUCUAAUGAUGUCACAAUGUAGAAUGUUGUAACAUU